UUAGAAAAUGGGUAAGAAGAGUCGAGUAAAAACUCAGAAAUCAGGCACGGGGGCCGCAGCCAGUGUGUCUCCGAAGGAAAUCUUGAACCUGACCAGCGAGCUAUUGCAGAAAUGCAGCAGUCCUGCACCCAGCCCAGGGAGAGAAUGGGAAGAGUAUGUGCAAAUCCGGUCUCUGGUUGAGAAAAUACGGAAAAAGCAAAAAGGUCUGUCUGUUACUUUUGAUGGAAAAAGAGAAGAUUACUUUCCUGAUCUAAUGAAAUGGGCCUCUGAAAAUGGGGCCUCUGUCGAGGGUUUUGAAAUGGUUAACUUCAAAGAAGAGGGCUUUGGUUUGAGAGCAACUCGAGACAUCAAGGCUGAAGAAUUGUUUUUAUGGGUUCCACGAAAAUUACUAAUGACUGUUGAAUCUGCUAAAAAUUCAGUAUUGGGGCCCUUAUAUUCUCAAGACCGAAUUCUUCAAGCCAUGGGAAAUAUCGCACUGGCCUUCCAUCUGCUGUGUGAGCGAGCCAGCCCCAACUCUUUCUGGCUGCCCUACAUUCAGACACUCCCCAGCGAGUAUGACACUCCUCUCUACUUCGAAGAGGAGGAAGUUCGGUGUCUUCAGUCUACACAAGCCAUCCACGAUGUCUUCAGCCAGUAUAAAAACACAGCUCGACAGUAUGCCUAUUUCUAUAAAGUUAUCCAGACCCAUCCUCAUGCCAACAAACUGCCCUUGAAGGAUUCUUUCACUUACGAGGACUACAGGUGGGCCGUCUCUUCUGUAAUGACUCGACAAAAUCAGAUUCCCACGGAGGACGGUUCCCGGGUGACCCUGGCCCUGAUUCCCUUGUGGGACAUGUGUAACCACACCCACGGCCUGAUCACCACCGGCUACAACCUGGAGGACGACCGCUGCGAGUGUGUGGCUCUGCAAGACUUCCGGGCUGGGGAGCAGAUUUACAUUUUUUAUGGCACUCGGUCAAAUGCAGAGUUUGUGAUCCACAGUGGUUUUUUCUUUGACAACAAUUCACACGACAGAGUGAAAAUAAAGCUUGGCGUGAGUAAAAGCGACCGGCUGUAUGCGAUGAAGGCCGAGGUGCUGGCUCGCGCUGGCAUCCCCACGUCCAGUGUUUUUGCACUGCAUUUUACAGAGCCGCCCAUCUCUGCUCAGCUUCUGGCUUUUCUCCGAGUAUUCUGCAUGACUGAAGAAGAAUUGAAAGAACAUUUGCUAGGAGAGAAUGCUAUCGAUAGAAUCUUCACCCUGGGUAAUUCUGAGUUUCCGGUCAGCUGGGAAAAUGAGGUCAAACUUUGGUCGUUUCUUGAAGAUCGAGCUUCUCUUCUUUUAAAAACAUACAAAACAACAACUGAGGAAGACAAGGCUGUGCUGAAGAACCCUGACCUUCCUGCCCGCAUGAAGAUGGCCGUCAAGCUGCGGCUGGGGGAGAAGGAGAUUCUAGAGAAAGCCGUGCAGAGUGCGGCCACCAACCAGAAGUGCUUCCGCAAGCACAUGGAGGAGCAGGUGCCGCUCCCCAAGUACGAGGAGAGUAACCUUGGGCUGCUGGAGGGCAGCACGGGCGACUCGCGGCUGCCCCUGGUCUUGCGAAACCUGGAGGAGGAGGCCCUGAGCCUCAAGGAGGCCAGCAACACCGCUGAACACGGCCUCCUCAAUGGUGAAAACUCUCUCCCCAAUGGGACCGGGUCGGAAAAUGAGAAUUUCAGUUCCAGAGAAAGCAAAAGAGUGAUUGGAGGUGCCAAAGAAUCUUCUGACAGCACUGACAAAGCCAGAGAGCAGCUCUGAGCUGGAGGGGCUGUUGGAGCCCAGCCCGGUAGACGCGGAUGAACAGUCCAUUUCCAUGCUGUGUUCUUGUUAACAUUUUUCUUUCUGCAGAGAGGAAAAUAAUGUUUUUGCUGCUUUAUAUACGAAUGAUUUUUUAAGUUAUUUUAAAGAUCUAGCUUCCCGUUUUGAUUGAGAUUGACAUCUUGCUUCUAGGCAGGACACACGCACUAAGAGUGUGUGUGGAGGGGGAGCGGCCCCUGGAGGCCGUGCAGACAGCGUGUCCUUGCCCAGCCCUGCUUUGUGGGCCCGACACGCUGAGGCCCAGAAGUGGGACUGAGUUAGUGGUGGGGUGCAUGUGGUGGGGAGCGGGAUGCGGGAUGCAGGAUGCGGGGUGAGGUGAGACACCUAGAGCCCGGGCAGAACCUUUUGUUUUCCUCCUCAAGAAAUAAUCCCCUAGUACCGAAAUAAAACGAAAGGUGGCAACCUUAUUUUUUAAUAGUUUUAAAUGUUGAUGAUAAUCCUAAUUAUAUAAAUAUAUAUGCACAUAUAUAUCUAGUGAUUUCUAAAGAUUUGUUUACUUUUUGUGCUUUGUUUCACUGUAUUAAGAACGUGCCCUUCCUCCCUGAAUCAAAGUAGGACGCGCGUCCCUCCUGGUGCGUCUGCUGCGGAUCGCACGCAGCCCCGCUGCAGCCCCCGCCUUCCCUGGUGGUGGCCAGAGUGAGGCGGCUCCCUGGCUUUUCUGGUUUUCACAGCAAGCUAGAGAUUUUCCAAGCUAUCCUUUUGAGUAAAAGCCCUUAUUAAAAGGAAAACAUGAUUAAUAU